GAAGAACAAACCCCUUGCUUUAUUUCCCAGCUGUGGUCUCUCUGAACAGCAGGACACGGAGGUGGAUCCAUCCCAUCCCAUCCCAUCCCAGGAAAAUGGGGUCCAAGCAGAUCGCCCAGGAGACGUUUGAUGAUGCAGUGCAGGAGAACAUCACCGAGUUCGAGAUGGAUCCCGAGGAGGCUGUGAGAGAAGCUGUGCAGCAGUUCGAGUCCCAGGGUGUGGACCUGAGCAACAUUGUGAAAGCUGUGCCACCUCCUGCCUCUGAGAACGGGCAGAGGCAAAAGCAUCAAAUCCUGCUGAGCCUGGAGUCGCUGUGCAGAGCCGUGGCGGAGCGGGACGUGGCCGAGCUGCCGCGGCAGCUCUCGGCGCUGGCCGCGCAGUGCAGGGAGCAGCCGGCCUCGCGCUACCUGGCCGGCCGCAACGGCGCCUACCCCGCGCUGCUCUCCGCCUGCCGGCUGGCUGCGGGCGACAGGGAUUCGCUGCUGCUGGCCUUCUCCACGCUGGCUGCCCUGCUGGACGGGCAGCCAGACCUGCUGGACGCUGCUGGGCAGCAGCUGCUGCUGCAGAGCCUGCGGGAGCGGCGGGAGGACGCGGAGAUGACGCUGGCCGGGAUCCGCUGCGUCAGGCACGCCUGCCUCAAGCACGAGCAGAACAGGCAGGACUUUGUCAAGGGUGGGAUCCUCCCUCUGCUCACUGGGGCCAUCACCCAGCACGGGCACAGCGCUGAGGUGGUCAGGGCAGCAGCUUCGGCGCUCAGGAUCAUGACGUUCGACGAUGACAUCCGUGUGCCCUUCGGGCACGCCCACGACCACGCCAAGAUGAUCGUCCUGGAGAACGAUGGGUUGAGAGUGCUCAUUGAAGCUGCAAAAGCCUUCAGGGAUAACUCGGGGGUUCUCAGCGAGCUCUGUGCCACCCUGUCCCGCCUCUCUGUCAGGAACGAGUUCUGCCAGGAGAUCGUGGACCUGGGGGGGUUGAAUUUCAUGGUGACUCUGCUGGCUGACUGCAUGGAGCACCCGGACGUGGUGAAGCAGGUGCUCAGCGCCAUCCGUGCUGUGGCCGGCAAUGACGACGUCAAGGACGCCAUCGUGGGCGCCGGGGCCACCGAGCUGAUCGUGCUGGCCAUCAGCCGCCACCUGGGCAACCCUCAGAUCUGUGAGCAGGGCUGUGCUGCCCUGUGCGUGCUGGCCCUGCGCAAGCCCGAGAACUGCAGCGUCAUCAUGGAGGGCGGCGGCGCCCUGGCAGCUCUGCAGGCCAUGAAGGCUCAUCCCAGAGAGGUGGCUGUGCAGAAGCAGGCCUGCAUGCUGAUCCGGAACCUGGUGUCGCGCAGCCGGGACCUGUCGCAGCCCAUCCUGGCCCUGGGCGCGGAGCCGCUCAUCAGCGAGGCGCGCGCCGCGCACCGCGACUGCGACGACGUGGCCAGGGCCGCCCUCAGGGACCUGGGCUGCAAGGUGGAGCUCAGGGAGCUCUGGACUGGCCAGAAGGGGAGCCUGGCUCAGUGAAUCCUGCCUCGGCGAAUCCUCCUUCCACCGAGCACGGAAGAUCCGAGGCGCCUCUGCAGUCUCGUGGGAGGUUCUGCUGUUGGAUUGUUGCCCCGAAGCAAACACGGCUUGGGACAGGCUGCAGGGAACUUUUUGGUUUUCUUUUCCCCCCUCCACGGGAGCUACAGCUGAAAUGGCUUUUCUGCAUUCACAGGCUGCAAAAUCAACUCCGUGUAGUGGUCAUUCCCUGGAUCAUCUCAUGGCUGAAGGUGAUCUGCUCUCCCCUGUGUGCAGCACGGGGCUGUUGUCCCCGUGAGAGUGGCUCUCUCCUGCCAGAGUUUGGCUGCUGGUUCCCAUUUGUCCCCCUGGUCAGGGGCUGGAUGAGGAGGAAUCCCCCAGCAUUUGUGAAUGUGCUCUCCCUGUCCCAUUCCCCUCUUCUUUUACUGCUGACCCCACUCUUGUGUCGCUGCUUUGUUUGGGAUUUUUCCGCCAGCGUAACAUUUUAAACAAAAAAACAGCAAAGUAAGGAUUUGGGAUAACAUCCAAAGGAACUGUUUGCACCCAGGAGGAAGUUUCACGAGGAGCAGGGCAGGGACUGGCAGUGGGGUGGGAAUCCCAAAGUGGGGCUGAGCUGGCUGCAGGAAGCGCUGGGAAUCCCAGCCUUUGUCACCUCCUAGCACCUCCCUGCACCCAGGAAUGCUUUCAUGGCGGUGAA